AUGCCCAACAGGAGCCUGGUGACCACAUUCUUCCUCACGGGACUUCCCCACCCCCCAGCGCUGGACACCCCGCUCUUUGGACUCUUCCUGGCGAUCUACAUCCUCACGGUGCUGGGGAAUCUCCUCAUCCUGCUGGUGAUCAGGGCGGAGCUUCACCUGCACACCCCCAUGUACCACUUCCUCAGCAACCUGUCCUUCAUCAACAUGUGGUUCUCCACCGUCAUGGUGCCCAAGGUGCUGAUGACCUUGGUGUCCCCGGGCGGCAGGGCCAUCUCCUUUUACAGCUGCGUGGCCCAGCUCUACGCCUUCCACCUCCUGGGCAGCACCGAGUGCUUCCUCUACACGGUCAUGUCCUACGAUCGCUACCUGGCCAUCACCUCCCCACUCCGGUACGCCAGCGUGAUGAGCGCGAGGACGUGCGCCCUGCUGGCCGCCAGCACGUGGCUCAGCGGCGCUCUGCACUCUGCGCUCCAGGCCGCCCUGACCUUCCGCCUGCCCUACUGCGGGCCCAGCCAGAUCCAGCACUACUUCUGCGACGCGCCGCCCCUGCUCAAGCUGGCCUGCGCGGACACCGCGGCCAACGAGAUGGUCAUCUUCGUCAACAUCGGGCUGGUGGCCUCGGGCUGCUUUCUCCUGAUAGCGCUGUCCUACCUUUCUGUCUCUCUGUCGCUCUGGCAAUGGCUGCACCAAUUUGCUGUCCCCUCUAACAGUGCUCAAGGGCUUCUUUUCUGCACAUCCUCACUAACACAUACCUCUGAACUUUUUGAUAAUAGCCGUCUAACAGAUGUGAAGAAGUAG